CCAGGCACCCGUCAACUUCUUUGGAGGAUCCCCGCUCAACCGUCUGUCCUGGCUGCGCGCCUCAGAACACUUUCUCAACGCUAUCGUGACCAGCACUACCACGCGCUGGGUGCUCUUCAAGGCCGGCCAGACCCUCUUCGUGUCCGACCCAGAGACCAAGGCACGUUCUGUUGCCCGUCUCGCGACCACGGAUGUCCGCCCGCUCCUCGGCACUGAACCCUUCUUCGCACAAGGCAAGAAUGACGGAGAUAUCGCUGAACGCGGAUGCGUGGUCCCGGUAUCAUUUUCCUCGGCUUGCACGACCCGAAUCUGCCAACCACGCGCUGCCUUCGAGCGACUUCAACGCCAAAGCAGACGCUGAGGCUGUGAUCAACAAGAUUCAAGGAACACCUUACUUUACGCUUGACGUGACCCAUCUUGAGGAAACGGCUGUGAAUGCGGUCUUAGAGAACGCGGAGGCAUCGCGAAACGGCAAGUCGCUCGUGUUCACGGACGCGAGGCAAGCCAUGAGUAGCAUGGACUAUUUUGAGGGUGGUUUACUUGCCGAGGCACGGGCCAUGGUUGACUGGAACUCGAGGAACAAAUUCUGCGUGUCUUGCGGUUCGCCCCUGUACUCGGUUUGGGCCGGCUGGAAGCUCUCGUGCUCGUCCUUGCUCCCCUGGGCUCAGAACGAAGGCAGGGAGCCGUGCGCGACCGCGGUUGGAUUGCACAACCAAACGCACCCACGCACUGACGCCGUCGUUAUCAUGGCAGUUAUAAACGAGGCGAACGACAAGAUUCUUCUGGGUCGUAACAGAAAAUGGCAGGGCAAGUUCUACUCUGCUCUCGCUGGCUUCAUAGAACCCGGCGAGACAUUCGAAGAUGCGGUGAAACGCGAGCUAUGGGAAGAGGCAGGACUGAGAGUUUGGGGUGUCAAGUACCACUCGGCACAACCUUGGCCUUUCCCUGCAAAUCUCAUGGUUGGCUUCUUCGCUAUCGCAGACGAAACUGCUCCUACGCGCAUAGACCUCGAUAAUGAGCUAGAAGACGCUAGAUGGUAUACUCGCGAGGAGAUCCUCGCCGUCCUUAGCUCUCCUGAAGGCACCAAGCUGCGAGGAAAUGACCCGUUCAAGCCUGUUGACGCCGGCGCAAACGAGCCGCCGUUUAGGCUCCCACCGCUGACCGCUAUUGCGGGUGUGCUCAUCAGUGACUGGGCCCACCGUAAGUUCGUGAUCACUGGCACGGAAUCACGUCUCUAGGCGCGGCCCGAAUAUUGAAUCCGACGCACACUCCUUGCUUGUACAAUAGAGACGUAAGUGCGGCCGUUCGGAUAUCUCACUCUAGACACCCGUCGGCGUUCCCAGGUAUAUCGAAUUGGAUCAUUUAGCUUACGGUCAUUCAUUAGCCGUGGUUGGUAGAGGACUCGUUCAAGGGUGCGAUUAGGAACAUUCCGUAGCCUCGUU